UUAAAGCUGCCUAAAGACCUUAAUCUAAAGAUUUUUUAUAAACCUUUUAUCUGUAACAGCUGCUUCGUUCUGUUUCAGCGUUGGCCCACUGUGCAGCAUCUCUCCACAGCUACACUGGAGGAAGUGAACCAGAUGUGGUCCGGUCUUGGUUACUAUUCCAGAGGGAAAAGACUCCAUGAAGGAGCUCAAAAGGUGGCGUCAGAGCUGAAUGGACAGAUGCCUCGGACAGUUGACAGCCUGCUGAAACAGCUUCCUGGUGUGGGUCGUUACACCGCAGCAGCCGUUGGUUCUAUUGCACUGGGACAGGUUGCUGGAGCUGUAGAUGGCAAUGUGAUCCGGGUACUGUGUCGUCUCAGGGCCAUUGGUGCUGACAGUACCAGUCCUGCAGUAACUGAGGCUCUUUGGUGAGUGUUUACUAGUCCAU